AUGGCUAUAACGAUUAGACAAGCUCAAAUUUCAGAUAUUCAAGCUAUGCAAAAUGCCAAUUUGAAUAAUUUACCAGAAAAUUAUCAAUUGAAAUAUUAUAUGUAUCAUAUUUUAUCAUGGCCUGAAGCAAGUUAUGUUGCAACUACAACUGAUGGACCUGAACAAUUUGAUGAAAAUGAAGAUGUUCAAAUCAAAUAUGUUAAAGAUAUCAAAGGUGAUCCAGCUUAUGUUAAUCACAAUGAAAAAAUUGUCGGUUAUGCUCUUGCUAAAAUGGAAGAUGAUCCAGAUGCUGAAGAUAAAACUCCGCAUGGACAUGUUACUUCAUUAUCCGUUAUGAGAACUUAUAGAAGACAAGGUAUUGCUGAAAAAUUAAUGAGACAAGCUUUAUAUGCAUUAACUGAAACUUUCCAAGCUGAAUAUGUUAGUUUACAUGUUAGAAAAUCUAAUAGAGCUGCAUUACAUUUAUAUAGAGAUACUUUACAAUUUGAAGUUUUGAGUAUUGAAAAAUCUUAUUACGCUGAUGGUGAAGAUGCUUAUUCAAUGAAGAAAUUAUUGAAAUUAGAUGAAUUAUUACCAAGUUCAUUUCAAAAAGCUGAAGCUGUUGAUGAUUUAGAACAAGAUUUAUUAGAUGGUAUAGAUGAUGAAUAA